AUGGCAAAUUGGAACAUAGUUUUCCAACUCAAACUAUUACUACUAAUUGUGUUUGUGGUACAAUACUCGAAAGCUACCCGACUAAGCUUGUUCCACCCAUUUGGUUCUACUAAUGAACCACAAGGCAAUGGCAUCACGUGGGCGGUUCUUGUAGCUGGUUCCAGUGGGUACGAAAACUAUGGUCAUCAGGCAGACGUUUGUCACGCAUAUCAAAUACUGAAACGUGGGGGGUUGAAGGAUGAAAACAUAAUUGUGUUUAUGUACGAUGAUAUUGCUAGUGAUCCAAACAAUCCAUAUCCGGGUGUCAUAAUCAACCGUCCCAACGGCUCAGAUGUCUACGCGGGUGUGCCAAAGGAUUAUACUGGUGAAAGCGUGACCGCGGACAAUUUCUACGCUGUGCUUCUUGGCAAUGCAACAGCAGUGAAGGGUGGAAGUGGGAAAGUUGUAGCGAGCCAACCUGAUGAUAAGAUAUUCGUGUAUUUCACCGAUCAUGGAGGCCCUGGAGUCCUUUGUAUGCCGAACGAUCCUUUCAUUUACGCCAAUGACUUUAUCAAAGUUUUGGAGACAAAACAUGAAAUGGGAACCUAUGAUGAGAUGGUUAUAUAUGUUGAAGCAUGUGAAAGUGGAAGUAUUUUCGAAGGUCUGCUGCCAGCAGAUCUGAACAUUUAUGUGACAACAGCAUCUAAUGCAAAUGAGAGUAGUUACGCCGCAUAUUGUGAUGGGUUCAACACUUGCUUAGGUGAUUUAUACAGUAUCUCAUGGAUGGAAGAUAGUGACUCGGAAGACUUAAGGGUUGAAACUUUGGAACAACAAUACUUGAAGGUGAAGAUAAGGACUUACGAUAACCAUUCUUCUGAGGGAUCUCAUGUGAUGCAAUAUGGUACUCUAGGAAUAAGCAAAGAGACUGUUUCGGUUUAUCAAGGUUCUACUCCUAAGAAGUCCUCCGCACACACAUUGCAAUCUUCUGACUCCAUGGAUGUUGUUAACCAAAGAGAUGCAGAUCUUUAUUCAAUGUGGCAAAUGCACAAGAAAUUAACAGAAGGAUCACAACAAAAGGAAGAACUAUUCAAGAAGAUCAAGGAAAUAACUGCACAUAGGACACAUUUGGAUAGCAGCGUCGAUAUGAUCAAGGGUUAUUUGUUAGGUAACGAACAAGCAUUAGUGAGAGACAAAGGAUCGGCCCUUGUGGAUGAUUGGGGAUGUCUAAAACUUAUGGUUCGGACAUUUGAGAAAUAUUGCGGAUCAUUGACUCAAUAUGGCAUGAAACAUACACGAACAUUCGCAGACUUAUGUAACAAUGGAGUUACCAAUAUUGCCAUGGAUACAGCUACAAAGCACACAUGUAGCUCAUACAAAAUGGGGCGAUGGAAUCCUGCUCUUGUCGGUUACAGUGCUUGAUCAUUACAUGAUGAAACCAGUGGUAGAUCGAAGGAACGAUGAACUGUUUUUUUUAUUAAUAAAGUUACAUUUGUAAUAAUGGUUAUACAAGUUGGAACCAUAGCUUUCAAACUGCAUGAUUUCUUCUUUAACUACCAAUCUAUUUUUGUAA